CGCUUUCUUAUGGAUGCUGGGCGGAACUUUGAGGUUUUCUGACACGUGAUUAGAUACAUGGCUUGGCGUGCUUGGCGAUUCCCGUACGUCACCUCCUAAACAACUCGUCGACCCCGUCUCCGUCUCCAAUUCUCCUUCCCCUCCACAUCCCCCGGGCUUCCCUUUUCGCUCGCCCGCAAUUCCGUCUUAUCCGGUAUGUCUCCGGGGCCGAUGUAGCCUCGGAGUCGUUAUUACUCCCGUCAUCUAUAGACCGCAAGGAACGCGUUCGGUGCGGCUGAGCUGUCUCGGUGUCGAUCGCAGAAAAAAAAUAGUCCCGGAAGCUUCCGCCGUCAACCUUCCCGUUCAUGUGAAAUUAUGGCCAUCGUACUUGCAUAUGGAGGAGUUGUCAACGCCUGUACGAUGGUUGUUUAUUUCAUCUACAUGCUAAUUGCAAUCUGGCUCUCUAUCAAGCAAGGUCUUGGUCACAAUUUUCCCUGGAUCUGCAUCACAAUAUUGUCGGCAUGUCGUCUCACCCAGGUCUCGAUGGAUUUGGCAGCCACCAAAUUAUAUCCGCCGGCCACAGCAGCCAACACAGCCCUGGAAUCUGGUGUCGCCAUUCUUACCUCUAUCGGCCUCACGCCUCUAUUCAUGUCAACAUCCAGCGUGCUCAAUAUGACUUCUGGACCUAAAGGGCGCCGUAUGCAGUGGAUCCUCAUCCUCUUGCACGUCCCGUUGACUAUUUCUCUGAUCUUAAUCGUGGCAGGAGGCAUCGAUCCGGAUUCCCGCGACAGCCCGACGUUUGCUGCUACGGAACCUACAAAGGCCGGAAUUGCAAUAUAUUGCACCUGUUUCGCCGUAUUAGUGUGGGCAACCACAUUGAUCGCCGCGCGUCUUUACUUGGCGAAUCCGCUCGAGGUCAAGAUCUUAACCACCGUUGUCCUCAGCUUACCCUUCUUCUUGAUCGACGUGGUUUAUAUGAUGUGCUUUGCUUUCGAAGAUUUAUGGGGAAACCAGAAGUUCAACGUGAUAAGUGGUAACGUCACACUCCAACUGUGCAUGCAAGUUAUUACGGAAUACAUCAUCGUGGGUCUGUACCUCGGAUUGGGACUCAGGGUGCCUGACAAAGCCGCCCGCCUGCGAGACCGUGUCAUGGAAGUGACAGAAUACGAUUAUGAGCAAAUACGAGAAACUGCAUUGUGGAAAAUGUAUGAGAUUGGGACGACCGUCGUGGCUACAGUGGUAAUGCCUGGUUUGAUGUUCGCUCAUUGGCUGCUCGGCAAAAUCCUCCGCUCACGCCCAUGA